GUAGACGUGCAAAUAUGAAAAGCAAAAACAUGUUUGCACCUUUUUUCAACGUCUUGAACCUUGACAACUCACUAAAAUAAAACUCAACUUGUGGAAGUAUAUUUUUGACUUCUCUAAACCCGUAAACAUGGCUGGAUAUUCCGAGGAACAAUUUUGGGCAAACCAAAACAACAAAAACCCGUAUGAUGGCUUUGGCGAUCAGUCGCAAACUUUAGAUUUUCAAUCGUUUGAUCAAAAUGCAAGCUUUUUUCCACCAAACGCCUACCCAUCGCCACAGCAGCAGCAAGGUUACGGUCAACCGUCCAUAUUUACGCCGGACAUAUCAACCGCGGCCGCGCCACACAAUUACUCCGGGCCGGGAAACAUGCCCGGUAGUGAGCCCAGCGAGUUUGACGAACCGCCACUGCUCGAUGAGCUGGAGAUCUACCCCCAGAGAAUACUGGAGAAAUCGCUGGCCGUGCUGAAUCCGUUCCACGCUCAGGGCCUGGUGGACAAUCCGGAGUAUUUCUUCAAGGAAACAGAUCUCGCCGGUCCGAUUGCGUUUUGUCUGACGUUGGCCGCGUGUCUGUUUGUGUCUGGGGCCAAGGCACAGUUUGGGUACAUUUACGGGCUGUGUGUCAUUUCGGUGAUCGUGAUGUACGUGCUGAUUACGUUGAUGUGUAAUUCAACGGAAAAUUAUGUCACCAUCACGGCUGUGGCCAGCAUUUUGGGUUACAGCAUCCUGCCGAUCGUGUGGUUGUCCAUAGUUGGAGUGUUCUUCUCGUUGAACUCAACGUUUGGAAUGGUGCUGGCUGCGUGCGCUAUUUUUCUCGCCGCGAUGGGAUGCAGUCGAAUCUUUUGCAUUAUGACCGGGGACAUGCACCAGCGCUAUCUGAUCGCUUACCCGUGUGCACUUGUGUAUAUUAUAUUCACUUUGCUGGUGUUGUUCUGAAUACACAUUUCGUUAACCUCAUACAGCUCUUUUAAUACAAAAAAGUCAAUAAAGAUUCAUUCACUAACAAAAG